AAAUUCCUACUGCGGUCACACUGACAAAGUCGUAAACACGGCAUGGCUGUUGAUCUAGGAUUUGCGGAGGAAUCCUCCAAUACCGCUUGGCUUAGUAAUCGUUACUUUCCCAGCAAGCUGGGUGGACAGCCCGCUUGGCUAGAGCUGGAAGUGCUGCCCACCACAACGCAGCUGCAAUGCAACAAGUGUCAAGCACAAAAAGCAUUCCUUUGCCAACUUUACGCAGCUUUCGAGGAUGAUUUCAACUUCCACCGCAGCAUUUACGUGUUUGUGUGUCGUAAUGCCGGUUGCCAGGAAGCGAACAAAGCAGAGAACUUCACAGUACUGCGCUCUCAACUGCCCUUGAAAAACAAAUUCUACUCGGAAGAGGAACCUUCGGAAGAUGGCGAUCCUUUACCUGCCAUUCCGAGUCCAAAGAAACUGUGCGCUGCUUGCGGCUGCUUUGCUCCCCACACCUGCAGCCGCUGCAAGAGUGUCAACUAUUGCUCUGGCGGUCAUCAGCGUGCCCAUUGGAAGCAGCACAAACCGAAUUGUGAAGCUGGCAAAUCAGAUAUAGUUGGGGAUACGCUGCCUGCAAUUGUUUUCCCUGAAUACGAAAUUGUUAUGGAGCCUGAACCAGCAAUCGAAGCAGUUGACAAAGACGAAGAAGAAUGUCUGGCCGAAUACGCGGAACUCUCAGCUAGCGGGAAGACGGGUGAACUUAAGGACGUAUCCGAGAAUGAAUUGGAUAAGUACUUUGGAAAUGCAGAAGCCAGCGAAGAUAAAGCAUUCAAAGAGUUUAGAAAGCAAACCGCAGCUGAGCCGGAGCAAAUUGUACGCUAUAAGCGCAGUGGCGAACCUCUAUGGAUAUCUGACGUUGAGUCCACAAUUGGGGCUCAGUUACAGGCUAUGCCUUAUUGCCGACAUUGCCAGGGAUCGCUGCAGUUUGAGUUUCAAAUAAUGCCACAAAUGCUGGUGUUGCUCAAGGAUGACAGCUUGGAUUGGGGCGUGAUUGCAGUUUACAGCUGUGCAAAGAGUUGCCCGAUUGAUGGCUAUGUGGAGGAGCAUGUCGUUAAGCAGGACAUUGUAGCACCUCCUCCUGAUAAGACGUGAAUCUUCCAGCUGAUGCUACACAUACAAAUCAAUUUUAUUUGUAUAUGACGAAACAAAGUAAAAGAAAAAAUACAGUACGUCGACAGUUAACGAUUGGGAGCGAUAUGAUGAACACGAAUUACAGAGAGACUUGUUUGCUGUUAUUUCAGUUUUAUGAUGGGGAAAUAGGUGUGCUUCGAGAAAUCGAAUUCCGGCUGACGUUUCAGUUCCUUUUGAUGACCGCGAGCCAACACAUUCAUGACCACAAAGUUGGUGCGCGCUAUUUGCAGCAGAUCCAGAAUCUAAAAAUAUACCCACAUUAGUAAUAGAACAAUUGGGGAAUUUUAAUGACUUGCCUCCUGUUCGGGGUUCUGUAUGCUUUCGAGUACAUUGCGCGCUUGAUCGAAAUGUUUGGCGGCCACGCUGUACAAUUCUUCGACGCUGCUGAGCAUCAUGUGGUCGCGUAUGCUCUUGAAUUCCGCAUAGGAAACGGGCGGCGGGCUAGUCAGAGGCACGAAAGGAGCAAACCGACGAUUGUAGCGUAUCUCCUCGCUGUCAAACUUGGACAUGGGCAGACGCACACGCCCGUCUUUGGUCAGUGCGCCCAUUGCCUUAUACAUACCGCCGCACAAACUGAGCAGAGCAUGAUAGUAGAUAAUCUCCUGGCGAUAUGGACGCUGUUGUUUCUUGUUCUUCUUAGGCUUGGCCGCUUUGCGAUUCUUGCCACCAGCGCCUCCGCCUCCACCAUUCACCUGCAGCUUGCUCUGAUGCUCGGCGUACUCCUCUUGGGCCAGGAGAAUGUUCUCGGUGCGUGUGAGCGCCGAUACUAGGAAGCCCACAAGAAACUCAUAGGGAUACCAAUAAAUGUAGAGAAACUCGUGAACAGCAUACAAUUCCAACUCGAAUCCCGACAUCAAAUAAAUGAGCAUGGCACGGAAACAAUUGUACAGAACCCAAGUAGAGAAAUGCGUACUGUGUUUGAGUGCUGUUGCAUGCAGUUCAUUGCCCUCCAUGGCGCGUUCGUUGGCGAGCUGAUUCAUCAGCGAGUCCAAACGCACGGCGUCUACCUGCAGGGGGUCGAAGUUUUCAAUCAAGUGUGCCAACUUAUCGCGUUGGCGGGCACGAUUAAAGCCGCACAGCCGAAUGAAUUGAUUAAACGUGUUCAUGUUGGUGCAAUAGCGAAAGAAGGUUUCCAAAUGCUGCUGCACCUUGGGAUCACUGGCCACGGGAUGCUUCAAAUUCAGCACGGGUGGUGAAUUGAAAGCCUGCAC